AUGAGUACGCAGUCAACGUCAACUCCCUAUUUUGGCCCCGCGAACCGAAACGACUAUGAUCAGGGUAGCUGGGCUAUGGUUCCGGCUGGGCCCUCAGAAUCUCAAGUGCCCUCAGCCCCUGCGCCGUCAUUACGAAAACGAACGACUGGAGCGCCAGCUUUCUUGGUCCAAGGCAUAAGCACGGUGGGCAACCAUGGACUCGGCGGCCUUCUAACCGUACUACACCAGAUACCUUUGGCAAGGAAUGUUUUGCUAGAGACUGGUGCACCCGCUGCAUCGUAUGGAUUCAACAGCGAGUGGUGGAAGGGCCAGGAGAUCUUACCAACACACGCACUCGCACGACUGCAAGCAGGGGACCUCCAAUGGGGCUACCAGGACGAGAGCAAACCUGAUGUAGAAGAAGAGAUUCAUCGACUUAUGGCAUUCUUGGACUUAACAGAACGAAGUUAUGGAAGCGUCAGUGUCCUAACGGACCUGAUUCCGUACCCAAGCCUGGGGCCCGAAAAGCAAUUUUACGAGUACCUGGGACCAAGGAAUGAGGAAAAGCUGAAGCCACUGAUACACUCAGCCGCGCUUGCUGCUGUGUUCGGUGACGACUUGGGUGACGAAGAGGCCAAAUUUGGACUUUUGGAGAUGGAGCAUUCACGCAGCGACUACACGUACAUCAAGACUGUUUACGAGUCAUUAGACCACACCAUGUGGAGCGACGUUUUGUCAUGGAACGAGCUACACGAAGGGUCAAAGAUGGCCAUGUUCACAGAGAUGGGUGAAGUUCUGGCCAUCAAAAUUAAUGGUGAUGGACCACAGGACUCUAUUGAUAUCCCUGAAAAGUUGUACUUGGAAAAGUACCAAACAAGCCGCAAGGAUGAGGCUCGGCGUAUCCAGAUGUCUUGGUGCGACACUAAGAAUGCCAUCAUGAAAAUCGCAAGAGAAGAACAGCAACUAUUCGAGUGGCGCAAUGACUGGGAUCAUCAAAUGAUGGACAAAAAACAAAUGAUAGAAAAGGCUAGGAAUCAGUGGCAGGUAUAUAGCGAUUAUCUGCUCGGGUUGGGCAAGUUUCGAGGCAUGGUAGCAUCUGGCUUUGAUACCGACAGUUACCCAGACUACCGAAUGGCUCCUUGUGAAAUGAGCGAGAGCGAAACUAGCGCAUUUGAGAGAGUCGAUGAGGUGUUGCAGAUGCUUCUCCGCAUGCUCACUGACAUUGACAAGAGGUUAAGUUAUACCUUGCAGAAAGUAGAGAUUGAACGUGUGCUACGGGAUAUCUGGCAAGAAACCAAGACACCAUUGAUGGUUUACGCCACUGAGACAGCCUUGAAUACUGCACGAGCGCCUUUGACAGCAGCACUACAACGGUUCGCGACGGCGGAAAAUAAGGCGUUCCGCCAAGAACUUCAUCAUGAAGCCACCGAAGCGGCAGAAGCAGAAGCCGACGAAGGCAAGAAGACGCCUGGAUCGGGGCCAAUAGAACCCAUUUCACCAUCCAAGAGAAAGCAUCGGGCAGAUAGCAUUGAUUCCAUGGACAGCAACCGCGCAUCGAUAGGAAGUGAUGAUGCCCAAAACGGAUUUGACAAUCCAUUUGAGGAUGGACAGACGUCGACAGCCACUAUGACAGCGUUAGGUACGCCUGUGACCACGGCAGCUAUUGAGACGGAUCCGGAUUUGGACACGGACACAACAGAAGUAAGGGUGGUGGCAGCGGCAUCAGCACGCGAGGGUGCCCUCAGUGGACGAUGA